GAACCAAAUCAUUCCACAAAUCCCAGGAUAACCUUCUAGUACCUGGUAAUACCUCCUCUAUAAUGGAGCAUAAGUCAUGCAACAUUCCUCAUUGUGAUACUUGUCAGAUGGAAACAAAUAAAAUUUCCUAUUCUACCAGCAAACACAAAAAAUCAGCAAGUUUCUCCCUGAGUUCCUCUUGGCAUGGGCAGUUUCCCAAGAAUGAAAAGCAGAAGAUUCAUAAAAGUGUUUCAGAAAAG